CUCUCUCUCUCUCUCUCAUUACAUAAUAUUCAAAGCAGACAUUAUAAUCAUCUGUAAACGCAGACAUCAUAUUUAAACGACCCAGCAAUUUCUUACCUCCCACGCCAAUCCUCAUUCACCCCACCUUCCCUUUAUACACAAUAAAACAGUAGUGCAUACCUCACUCCCACAAAGCUCAACUCCCAUUUCUUACGUUUCUUAAUGACAUAUUAAACCAAUCUCAAAGCAAGCACACCCUUAGCCAUGAAAGCCAAACCAAUCAUCUUCUUUUGGCUCUCAGCCUUUGCCAUUGCUCUGCUUUCUAUUAUCGUUGCUCUUGAUAACCUCUCUCUUUCCUCAACAACCACCACCACUGUUCUAUACCCCAUACACAAUUUCAAGCUUGCUGAUAUUCUUGAUGGAGUGGUUGAGCAAAUUGGCGUUGACAACUCCUUUUCUGAUAUCCUAUCAAGGAUAUUUGCAUCGAUGCAUUAUCAUCGGCGCAGGAGGUGGAAAUGCGACCAGAGUCAAUGGAAGUCAAAGCUAAUAAACAAGUACAAAGUGGCACUCGUUUUGACAGUCGACUUGAAUGGUUGCGCGCAGUUUAGUAGUGUCCAGAAGGCUGUAGAUGCUGUUCCUGCAUGGAGCACUUCUAAGACCCUCAUCAUCAUCGAUUCUGGUACUUACAGGGAGAAGGUGGUAGUUGGCACGAACAAGAAAAAUUUGAUAUUGGAAGGCAUGGGGCUUCUAAACACUGUUAUAGCAUGGAAUGACACUGCCAAUUCUACCGGGGGGACUGUUUAUAGCUCUUCGGUUGCCAUCUUUGCUUCUAACUUCAUUGCCUACAAUCUUAGUUUUAAGAAUACAGCUCCUCCGCCGUUGCCUGGAGCAGUUGGAGCUCAAGCGGUGGCACUUCGAAUUGCAGGAGAUCAAGCUGCAUUUUAUGGAUGUGGAUUCUAUGGUGCCCAAGACACGCUUUUCGAUGAUCAUGGAAGACAUUAUUUUAGAGGCUGUUUCAUCCGAGGAUCCAUCGAUUUCAUAUUUGGAAAUGCUAGAUCACUUUACGAGGGGUGUAUCAUUAAUUCAAUAGCUGUAGAGAUCACAGAUGUAGUAACCGGAUCAAUCACGGCACAAGGGAGGCAAUCAAUGAGGGAAGAUACAGGGUUUUCCUUUGUGAACUGCAAGAUUGAAGGAACUGGGAAAAUAUGGCUUGGGCGAGCUUGGGGGGCUUAUGCAACUGUGGUGUUUUCUAGAACAUAUAUGUCCGAUGUCAUUACCCCAACUGGAUGGAAUGAUUGGAAAGACCCUUCUAGAGACCCGUCUGUGCUUCAUCUUGGACGGUUUUCUUUGGUGAGUACCAAUGCUUUGGACCCGGAGCAAAUUACACAAACAGGGUCUCAUAUGCAAAGCAGCUCAAUCAAUUUGAAGCAGCUCUUUACACGGACAUUUCAUACGUUGAUGGAAGUGACUGGCUUCUAUAUCAUCAAAAUGCUUUGUCGGAUCCUCAUGAUAACCAUAAUCAGGAAGAACUUACUCAUACUUGCUAAUGUUAUAAACAAAUAUAUAUAUAUAUAUAUAUACACACAAAAUACGCAAUCACUCAUACAUUACCCACGGAUCCAACUUAGUGUUUCUCCUAAUUAACGUAUGUACCUUUUUUUCUUUUUCUCUUUUUUUAAAUUAUUAGAAAAAUUGAUUCAUUGUACUGAUUUUGUGAUCAAUUGGCUGUUUGGUCUAUGAUGGCCGAGGUCAUUCUCUUUCUCAGAAUUGCAAAUAUUUUGAGAUGGUCUGGGUGUUUUGAAUUCAUGAUUUAGGUGGUGGGAGGGACAUGUAUUCAGACCAUCUUAUAUGAAAAAUGGAGGAGUCAGAGAUUUGUAUCUAGCA